GCCCGCCACACUCAACAUGGCGGCCACGCUGGUCCACUAGUGCGUCAGAGCGCAUCUCAGGAGCCGAGCUCCGCUCCAAUCAUGGCGACUCCGCAGCCGGCGACGGCUGCGCCGAGCGGAAUUCUGGAGACAUGUGGUCUGGAACCGAUUCUGGAAGCGCUGAAGCUGCUGCUGAGCCCGGGAGGAUCGGGCUCAAGUUCACUACAGAACACAAAGCAUGAUGUCUUGCUGCAGACCCUAAAAUCUAACCUGUCUGUGCUGGAGGCCAGGUUUCUGAAGGAUGCUCAGUGGAAGAAGCUGAAAGUCCUAAGAGACGAAACUGCUGGUAAGGCCAAGUGGCUGCAGAGCUCCGAAGAUAUCACCUGGAGUUUCACCUCUCAGACUUUGCUGCUGCUGCUGUGUUUGAAGGAAACCAUGACCCGCCUUGUAGCUGAUUUUAGUCCAGGAACACCCAACCCCAAGACUCCCGAAGCUGCUCCUGCCCUCAGCCCGGAUACACUAAGCGUCUCCCAACAGAAGACCGUCCAGUCGGUUCUGCAGUUUGUAGUCACCUUGGGUGUCUGCCCCUACCUCCUGCCUGGUGUGGGAGUCCCUCUGAAACACAGGACUGAGUUUGGAGCUGUUGUUCAAGAUGUAGUACGUCUAGAGGCUGCCCCCCAUGCCACCCGGAGACUGUACACCUGCUGCAGGGUCCUCCUGGAUCUGGCUCAGCAUGCAUCUCUGGGGAGCCUGAUUUUCUGCCGCCAUUUUGGGGAUAUUGCAGCAGGUCUGUGCCAGCUGGGGUUCUGCCCAACCAAAAGAAAACCACCAGCCCCCGUGGAAGAGGUUUUAACGGAAGAGGAAAGAGUCCUAUCGAGGGGAGCCUUGAGAGACAUCUUGGAUCAAGUCUACCAACCAUUAGCUGUCCGGGAAUUACUUAUUCUCCAGGGAGGACCACCCCAGUCCUGUACAGAUGUGAAGACACAGCUUAGGUGUCAGGCCCCAGCCUGGCUCCGGCGUCUGUGCGGGCAGCUGCUUUCUGAAAGGUUGAUGAGACCCAACGGCGUUCAGGCAGUAGUCCGGGGCAUUUUGGAAGGAGCAGGUGCGGGUGCUGCUGGUGGGAGUGAUGCCGAGGCCACAGCUGCUGACUGGAAGAAAUGUGACUUGAUUGCAAAGAUUCUGGCCUCUUGUCCCCAGCAGUCUCUGUCCCCAGAGAGCUACUACAAGGACAUCUGCCCGCAGAUUCUGGACUUAUUCCAUUUUCAAGAUAAAUUGACAGCACGGCAGUUUCAGAGAGUGGCCACGACCACCUUCAUCACUAUGUCGAGGGAACACCCAGAGCUGGCUCCCAAGUAUUUGCUUCAGCCCAUGCUAGCUCCUCUGCAUCGAUGCUUGACCACAACAGAGAUUCCAGAGAGUAACAUGGUCCCAGGAACUAUUUUGGUGACUGAGGAAGAACUUAGUCGAUGUAUUGAAGAUGUAUUUAAGGUGUAUGUAGUGGCAAACGAGCCUCUCCCAGUAUUGCUGGAUGCCCUGCUUCCGCUCCUCGGGGUGAUCUUUUCUCUCUACUGUUUUACCAGUCAGAGUGUGUCUCACAUAAGGUCGCUUUGCCAAGAGAUCUUGUUAUGGAUUCUGGUGAAGCUGGAAAGGAAGAAGGCAAUUGCCAGCCUGAAGGGAUUCUCGGGGUUGGACAGAGCUGUGCCCUCCCUCCAUCCUCAGUGUCAGUUUAGAGCUGCCAUGCACGGUGGCGUUGCGAUUACCGUCCAAGAGACCGUUAGUGAUGACGAAGAUGAAGCCCUGUACCAGAAGGUGUCUUCGGAGCAGAGCCAGAUUGAACAUCUUGGGGACUUGCUGUCCCACUGCCAACAGUGUGGUUUGGCAGGAGACUUCUUCAUCUUUUGUUUGAAGGAGUUGUCUCAUCUGGUAGUGGAGAAUGAAGCAGAGUUCAAACCCACGCCCUCCUGUUAUACAAGCCUGCUGGAAUUGGAGCAACACCAGGCUCUGCUUAUAGAAGAGCAGGAGCAGAAGCUGCUGGUGCUGCAGUUGCUGGCUGUCCUGUGCGAGAGGAUGUCUGAGCAGAUAUUCACGCACGUAUCUCAGGUAGUGGACUUUGUAGCAGCAACACUGCAGAGGGCGUGCGCAAGUCUGGCUCAUCAGGCAGAGAGCACUGUGGAAUCUCAGACACUGAGCCUGUCAAUGGGGCUGGUGGCUGUCAUGCUGGGAGGGGCUGUUCAGUUGAAGUCAAGUGAUUUUGCAGUCCUGAAGCAGCUGCUGCCUCUGUUGGAGAAGGUCUCUAAUACAUACCCUGACCCUGUCAUCCAAGAACUCGCUGUUGAUCUCCGAAUUACCAUCUCUACUCACGGAGCCUUUUCCACGGAGGCUGUCAGCAUGGCUGCCCAAAGUACCCUGAACAAAAAAGACCCGGAAUGGAAAAUAGAGCAGCAACAAACCAGUCAUGACACACUCACAGAAGUAGCUCCAGACCACCCGAAACAAGAGCAGGACCCUCCUAAAACAGACCAGGAGUCUCAUGAGCCUGGCAUUGCGGCAAGUCAGCCACAUAGAAACAUAACCUCAGAACAGUUCCAGGAGGUUCUCUUAUCAGCCUGUGAUCCCCAGAUUCCAACCCGGGCUGCUGCCCUGCGCACUCUUUCCCGCUGGGUAGAGCAGAGAGAAGUGAUAGCCCUCAAGGAUGAAAAGAAGCUUCUCCAGAUAUUCUUGGAGAACUUGGAGCAUGAAGAUACUUUUGUGUAUCUGUCUGCAAUUCAGGGGGUUGCCCUUCUCUCAGAUGUGUACCCUGAAGAAAUCUUGGUUGACCUGUUGGCCAAAUACGAUAGUGGCAAAGAGAAGCACACUCCAGAGACCAGAAUGAAAGUUGGAGAGGUCCUGAUGCGAAUUGUCAGAGCAUUAGGGGACAUGGUCUCAAAAUACCGGGAGCCUUUGCUCCACACAUUCCUGAGGGGAGCGAAAGAUCCAGAUGCUGCACACAGGGCCAGCAGCUUAGCCAACCUGGGAGAGCUGUGCCAGCGCCUGGACUUCCUGCUGGGCCCUGUGGUUCAUGAGGUGACAGCCUGCCUGAUUGCUGUAGCUAAGUCCGACAAUGAUGUUCAGGUGCGCAGAGCCGCGAUCCAUGUGGUUGUGCUGCUGCUGCGGGGACUCAGCCAGAAAGCAACUGAGGUGCUGAGCAAUGUCCUCAAGGAUCUCUAUCACCUGCUAAAGCAUGUGGUGCAUCUGGAACCUGAUGAUGUGGCCAAGCUACAUGCCCAACUUGCCCUGGAAGAGCUGGAUGAGAUCAUCAGGAACUUCCUGUUCCCUCCCCAGAAGCUGGAGAAGAAGAUCGUGGUCCUGCCAUAGUCCUGGUUCCUAGAACCUGGAAGACUGGGAGGGACCAAGCAGCCAAAGCAGUGGCCACACACCUCCCAGCAGAUGGCUCCACCUCCUUGGUGCUGGCAAUAUGGCAGGCUUUAAGGUAGCUCUGUGGUGCUGGGCACUUGGUGUUCAGGGCUACCUUUCUAGAGCGUCCAUUUAGGCUCCUGCAUCUGGCCCAGAGCAUGUGCAAUUAGAAGGGAAAGGAUGAAUUCCAUCUAAUCUGCACAUUUUCAUUGUCCUGUGCUAUUUAGAGGAGAUGCACAUGUGACUGUGGACCAUUUUCUUGCAGCUGGAGAGGCUGCCUGCACAGGUCCCAUCUUGAUAUUCUUUCAUGGUGAGAUGAUUCUGCCUGUGAUGAGGAGCAGGCAGAGCUGUCGCGUUUGGCUGUAAAAGAGUCAUGUGGGUGUGCAGCUGUGGGAAGGGGAAGGAAACAUUACUUAAACGUACGAAAAGGAAUAAAAUUACCUUGUUGGAAUAAUCAGCCAGGCUGACUCUGGUCGUUGAGCUGAUUGACGCUUGCAGAAAGAAAGGAGUAAGCACUGUUUGUCCUCUAGGGCCAUUUUCUUUUGCUCCCUCUGCUCCUUUUUUGUUUGGUUUGGUUUGUUUUUCAAGACAAGUUUUCCUGCGUAGCUCUGGCUGUCCUAGAACUCUCUGUGGACCAGGUUAGCCUUGAACUCCACCUGCCUCUGCCUCCUAAGUGAAUAAAGGCGCACACCACCACUGCCUGGCUCCUCUGCUCAUUUGCAGGGUGAAAACAGACAGUGGAAUAGACUUUCUGAGAAAAGGCAGACAGAAAAUGUGUUACAUAUGGUGGCCUGCCACCAGCUCAUUGAAACAAUCUCAGAUGUAACUCUGUGGUUGCUGAUUCAUUUAUUUAUAUAUUUUGGUGUUUUCAUUGCACAGGAAGGAAGGAAGGAAGGAAGGAAGGAAGGAAGGAAGGAAGGAAGGAAGGAAGGAAGGAAGGAAGGAAGGAAGGAAAGAGAUUGAAGACUGAGGAGAUACCUCAGUCCCUAAAGUAUUUGCUAUGCAGGCAUGAAGACCUCAGCUCAGUCCCCCAGCAUCCAAGUGAAAAGGCUGCUUGUGGCAGCACAUGCCUAUAAUCCAGCACUGGGAGGAGAGACAGGCACAUCAAUGAGGCUCACUGGCCAGCCAGCGUAAAAAAAAAAAAGAGCCAAGUACUCAAGAGGCAGGGAGGCAGGUGGAUCUCUCUAAGUUCGAGGUCCACCUGGUCUACAAGUUCCAGGACAGCCAGGGGCACACAAAGAAACCCUGUCAUGAAAAAAGCCAGGCAAUGCCUCCUGAGAAACAGCACCCAAGGUUGUCAUCUGAUCCACACACAUACACAGUGUGCAUGUACCCUCACCAACAUGAACAUACACACACGAAGAAGAAACUGGCUGGCUGCCUCAGAUAAGCCCUCUCUGUUGCCCACCUUGACACGUCUAAUCGGGAGUUUCCUCAGCACCACAGGACUAAGCAUGGAACUUUGUCACGAGACUUUCUAAAGGAAGCAGAACCCAACUCUGACGGCGUGCUGACACACACAUGCUCCUGCCUGUUAGCAAUAAGCCAGGUUACAGCGGGGCCUCGGCUCAGCCUUCCUCAUAGGCUUCCCCAGAAAGGGGUAUCCCUAGAAAGGGGCUUCCCCCAGAAAGGGAUAGCUCACAGUUACAAACCACAGUCAGCCUAGCAAGCCAAGGGGCAGUGGUAGUGCACACCCUUGACCCCAGCACUCAGGAGCCAAUUCCAGGCCAGCCAGGGCUACACAGUGAAGCUGUCUUAGGGGGAAAAUCAGAACAGAGGCCCAUGAGUGCUUUGAGGGAAUAUUUCUGUUCAGCUAGAGCAAUAGCAUUAGUUUGUAUUUUUCAGAUCAAGAAUGUCCAUAAAAUCAGGGUUGGUGUUUUUAAGACAAGGAUUUUCUUAGAUCACCUGGACAAACGUGAAAAUCCUCUUCCUUCCUUCCUUUUUUUCUUUCUUCCUUUCUUCCUUUCUUUCUUUCUUUCUAUUUUUUGUUUGUUUGUUUUGUUCUGGUUUUUGUGUGUUUUUUGUUUUUCGAGACAGGGUUUUUCUCUGUGUGGCCCUGGCUGUCCUAGAACUCGUUCUGUAGACCAGACUGGCCUCGAUUAGCGUUUAGAGUCCAUACAGCUUAGAGCUGGAGAGAUGGCUCAGCAGUGCAUGCUGUGCUUGCAGAGGACCCAAGUCUGGUUCCCAGCACCCACAUCAGGCAGCUCCACCUCUGGCCUCUGAGGGCACCAGCACUCAUAUGUACACAUACACACAGAAAUCAUUUUUUAAAUUAUUUACAUAUAUGUAUGUGUACACACACCCCACAUGUAUAUAAUUUAAAAUGAGAAAGCCUGCUCAGACCUACAGGUUGACUAUGUCAGGCGGUCCAUGUAACUGUCCAUGGUAGCACUGACUUGAGGACCUUCUCCAUCUGAAUCCAUGUGCCCCUCAGAGCCUCUUAGCCCGUUUAGCUCCAUGUAUAAGUUGACUUAUAUUUGAACUAUUUAUCAAAAGACUCAAAGUAUUUGACUUUGUUGAUUUUGGUAUGCUUAAUUUAAGAGUAAUUGUUUUCUUCCUGACUUCAAAUUUAAAGAGAAGAUAAUUUAAUGUAACCCUUCUAAACGUUGCCAAAUUAUUAAAAAUUAUCAAAUAACUCUUCUAA